AUGCCAUCUCCAGAAGUCAGUCCUCCGCCCCUCAAACGCCGCCGUAUCUCCGAUCCAAAAAUGCACCAUCCCUCUCCACCAUCCCUCCCAUCCAUUUCCGCCCAUGACCUGCCCUCCACAUCCACAGAUGACAGUCUCCACAUCUACUCCUGGAACAUCAACGGCAUCAACCCUUUCCUUCCCCCCUCUACCCCACCAAUCACCAACUUCCUCAAGCCAACCUCUGCCCCGAACACCCUCCCGAACCCCGCGCCGCCGGGACCCUCACUCCGCGCAAACCUCAAGAGGUGGAAAUGGCCCCACAUCCUCUGCCUCCAGGAAGUCAAAAUCGCCCCGACCGACACGCAGACCCAAGCCUCGGUCCGCCGCGCCGUCAACGCGCCCCUAGACUCCGCCGAUGACAACGACGGCGACCGCCACCUCUACGAUGCCCAUUUCGGCCUUCCGCGGGACAAACACAACGCUACCGGCUUCGGGGGCAAGGUCUAUGGUGUCUGCACGCUCGUACGGCGCGAUGUACCCGAGCCCACGACGAGGACGGUAGGAUGGGAUCUCGAAGGGCGGGUGUUGUUGGUUGAGAUACCGGGAUGGAGCGUCAUGGUUGCGAAUGUCUAUGCGGUCAAUGGCACCACGAACGACUACCGCGACCCCGCUACGGGAAAGGUGGUCGGUGACCGACAUGAUCGGAAACGCAUCUUCCACUCCCUGCUGAGGGAUGAGGUUCGUCGAUACGAGGACCGGGGAUGGGAUGUCGUUGUCCCUAUAUUACCGGCCUAUUAG